UUUAUUGAAAAAGAAAAAUUUGUAAUUCAAUUGUUAAUAGAGGUCCUAAUCCUUCUGUGUUCAGAGAAAGUCAUUCAUCUUUAAGAAUGUAUGGUUUUAAUACUAAGGCAAAACCUGUUCGAGAAAGCACAUGGCAGGCACCCCUUCUCCUGUUGCUCCCUCUACUCUGUGCUCUUCUUCUCUCACUUCCAGCCCCUUUACUCCAUCUUCCACAUCCACUCUCUGCUCUUCCUGGUACUGAAAUUUGUAGGGCUUCACCGAACAUAACUUACCAAACUAGCAUUGCGACUCUAUCGGCUCUUCUACCAGUUACAACUCUUAUCAUCCUUCUGUUAGGAUUGUCUCUUCGACGCUGUUUAAGCUGUACUGGAGGAGAGUGUAUCUCAUCCUAUUGUAAAGAGGAGAUUUUCCUUGGAAUGAUGAUUUUUCCCUACUCUUUGGUCAGCAUUGGCAAGAACCUUCCAUUGCUAGAUAUACACUUGGAGCGGAUAGUACAAACAUUGGACUGGAAUUCAAAAACCCUAGUGAUAUGGCAUUGUAUGCUGAUAUUUUGUGGGAGGCCAGGAAAGCUAUACCUACAGAUCAUCUCCUAGCCGCAGCUUCAACCUCAUCAUCUUCCCCAGCACGUAGUAGAGCUCAGAACCGCAGAAGCCCAACGCCAAACCGCCGAAGUCAAACCCCAGGUCCAUCAAACUCAUGGUGUUAUUUCCACAAAAGUUUGGGUCCUGCAGCCAAAAAUUGUUGCCCUCCUUGCAGUUUCCAGGAGGAUAUUGUUGAGUCCUUUAACUUUAACAUUAGCCUCAUCAUUCCAAGGAAUUGGCUUCCUGUUGCAGUCCUCCAAGCACUUGAGCAAGUCCCAGACCUGUUGAAACAAACGGGCAAUCAUCACCUCCAUUGUGGACUGAGGAUACUGAUACUCUUUCUCCCAAAGGUUCCCAGGUGGAUCAAAAAUGCUGGAAGCAUGAUCUGGUCUCUCAUCUCCUUCCUUAACAGGGUGGAGACUGUCUUUGUCCUCAGUGGAUACUGUUACUAUUGGAGCUAAGCAACGCUCCAAUGGAGCUAAAUCCACAGGAUCAAUCUCAUUUUCAUUAUCAUCUUCAGAGCUUCCAAUGAUCUGGUCCCUCCAUCCUUAACAAUAAAAUAUCCUGUGCCCUGUCAUGAUGCACAGGACCCAUAGCCGUAGUGUGCAGUGAGACUUGUGUCUACUCUGCUAUGGUCUGGAUUGUACUGCCUUUAUUUAUAUCCCUCAGUAUAUUUAAGGAAUUCAAGGGACUAUUCAACUUUUCUGAAUUUGUCCUGAAUACAAUAAUAAGAUUUGUGGGCAACAACAUUAUACCAAAAUACAGUUUAGUUGAAUAUGAACCACUGUUUUAUUACAGAGUAAUAUUGCUUGGUAGAGAGGUUUCUAUAGUGUGUAAAUAAAUACAUUCUUAAGAGUUUAAGAACGAGUUGUAUCUGAAUUGAUACAUACUUAAGAAUACAAGGAGAGUUGUAUAAAGACUGAAGUAUUAGUAUUUAGUACAAAAGUGGUAGCAGCGGUGAGACCUAUGAACCCUAGUUAAAUGCCAAGGACUCCAAGGAAGAAACGUUCAUUGAUUACCUGAUUUAACUGGUAAUAAGAGAAACUGUGUUAAAAGAAACAGUUACAGUGCAGCAAUAAGUUAUGACUGUAACCAGAGCAUACAGAGCACCAGAGUGUAUAGAGUACCAAAUUGUACUGAAUUACAAAGUGUACAGAGUACCAGCAUGAACAGAUUACUAUAGCAUUCAGAGUACCAGAGUGUAAAGAAUACUAGAAUGUACAGAGUAACAAAGUGUACAGAGUACCAGAGUGUAUAGAGUACCAGAGUGUAUAGAAUUCCAGAGUGUACAGAGUACCUGAGUACCAGAAUGGGAUAUGGAGGAAACAGAACCGCAUAAGGAGUUUCAGAUUAUGAUGCAAAGGAUAGUGCAAAUGGAGCUAAAGUUACAAACAGUGAAAAAGAUUGCAAUAGUAAAGUAAAUGUUGAAGCAGAGUAAGAAGAUAGAUGAUACACAACAAUACCUGGAGCAUCUAAAUAAAAUAGUUGCAGCUGGAAGAGCAAACCUGAGCACAUACAAUGAGAUAAGUGAAUCUGAAGAAAGUAUUAGAGAGAGAAUACUGAAUUUUUUCGAGAGUGCUGCCAAAUAUAUUGGAAACCCGGAGAAAGUGAGGUGCGCGAGUUUGGAAACUCAUUGGUGGAACAAUAGUUGGGAAACGAUCCCAAAUGAAGCAGUGAAAAGCAUGCUGUUUUCCAGCAUCACAAAAUCAGCUACUACAAGAGAUUGUGCUGUUGCUUCCUAUAGGGUUAGCAUUUAAAAACUAUGAAACAGGAGAUUUUUUAACAAAGUUGUUAAAGAAAUUCUCAGAAGAGAACGGCGAGAAAGGCCAGAAACAGGAAUAUUUGGCCAGGAAACAGGGAAGAGAUGAAGAUCCCAGUAAAUAUUAUACUGACAAUAUAUGGUUAUGGGAAAAAGCAUAUGCUCCAAACAAGAGGAGCCUGGUGGAAUUCAAGAAUGAAAUGCUCAUGUGUAUGUAUGAUGCAAUGUAUGUAUGAUGCAGAGCUGAAGGAAAAAUUCUGGGUUUUUAUGCUGAAGAAGCUGCAGCAUGAAAACGAGAUCAAGACAGUGCUGGACCAACAGCUGGUCAACUUAAGAAAGUACAACACGGACACCAGAUCUCCUUCCCAAUAUAUGGCUAGGGUAGGGAAUGCAUAAAGUUUUGAGACAGUAAAAAACAGCAUGUGAUCCAAUGAGAUAGGGAAAACAGGAAAAAUACCCAUGGAACUAAAUAUAAUGCCAGGAAUAAUUGUGUAUGGUUCUAAAGAUGAAAGAGGAGAGAUGUCUGGUGAUGUCAACAGGCUACAAGCCAAAGAUAGUUGUUUAUUCUGCAAGAAAACCGGUCAUCACAAGAUAAACUGCCAGUGCUACAAAGACUGGAAGAAGAAAAAUCCAAAUAGGAAGUCAGGAAAUACUAAUAGAAAACUAGUUUCCUGCUAUAAAUCUGGAAAAGCAG